AACUGACGUCUCGCAUCAACUGGGUUGCCGAGAGCUGACCGAGCAACCUCCUGUGUCAAAUCACAUCGUUGCGGAUAAAAGGACCGUCGGAUUAAACCACCUGGUAUCGACAGGUGCAAACAGUGUGCCGAAGAAUAGAGUCCUAGUGGGACGGACCUAA